AUGCAAUUCUCCACGUCUUUCAUGCUCUUCGCAGCCUUGGCCACAGGCACCCUUGCCCGCCCCACCACUUUCGAGCGCCGCCAGGCAAGCCAAACCUCUGGCGGCGAUUGGACUGCCACCCCCUCCAGCGGCAGCUACUCGACCGCCGGCUUCGGUAGCUCAACCGUCUCCUCCGGCAGCGGCGUGACCUACGCAGGCAACGUCGGCAACCCCUACGGCAGCAACAUCAUCGAAGUGUCCUCCUCCGACGCCAGCCAGUACAAGUACGUGGCUCAAUUCACGGGCUCCAGCACUGACGACUGGACCGUCGCCAUCUUCAACAAGUACGGCCCCGACGGAAAGAUGGACGGCUGGUACGGCAACGCCUGCAACACCUUUACCCUCGCCGCCGGCGAGACCAAGUAUAUUGCCUUCGAUGACGACUCGCAGGGUGGCUGGGCUGCCGCCUCUGGUUCCACUAUCCCCACUGACUCCGCUGGUGGCUAUGCCUCCACCUGGGGUGAGUUCGACUUUGGCUCUACCACCAACAACGACUGGUCUGGAUUUGAUGUUUCCGCUAUUGCCGCCCAGAACGCUGGUCUCACUGUUGAUGGUAUGAAGAUCUGUGAUGCUCUCGGUGGCACUUGUUCUUCUAUCUCUCCCAAUGCCGCUGUCGUUGACAAUGCUUAUACUUCUGCCGAGACUGAUAUCGGUGGUAUUGGUGGUAACAUCUCUGGCGGCGCUGUUCGUUUGGCUGUCACUAUUGACUACAGCGGCUAA